AUGACUAAUUCGCAGAAGGAAGUUCCCAUCACUCAAUUAUUCACAUCAGCCAAGAUUAUCCUAUCAAAUUGGACUCACACGGCCUGUAGCCAUUUCUUAAGCUUGGAACAAACCUUAGCUGAAUCUUCUGAGCAUCAUCCUCUGUUCCAGGUGCCUUCAGCCUCAAGCCUUCCAUCCGUACCCUCCACUGUACUUGAUCUCACUUCUUCACCAUUGCCCAUUACUGCCAAUUCUCAAACUCUUAACAUAGAUUUUCAGACAGAGUAUUCUAACACCUCAUCGACCCCUUUAAAUGAACAAAUCGAAACUACACCAGAAGUGAGCAAUGAGCAACAAUAUUUUGGUUUGCCACCGACGGAUGCUCAGAUUCCUUUCGACGACUCGAAUAUCCAAGCUCAGGAGUGGCAAAAUUACGAAGAUACUUCACUACAGCACUCUAAUGGCUCAAAUGAAGUACCAAAUCCAGAAAGAGUUUCCAACAACGCGACAAACUCCUGGAACAAUCAGAAUGAGGUCAGUCUUCAAACUUCUAGCGAGGAGGACAUAUCUACUUAUGCUGAGCCAGCUAUACUUUCCCAUAAAUGGAUGGAUAGCCUCCGCAUAAUUGAUUCAAAGAAUAAGCAUUUGGCUAAGACCGUUUUGAGAACCCGUCGUUCAGACAACCAUUCAAUGUCACAAGAAUGGCUUCUUCCAACUGAGGUUAUAGAACCAUUGUCAUCUAAUCAACUAGAAGAUGCCGUUAACCAAGAUCUAUCAAUAAAGCCCGAAGAUACGACGGAAAUUAUAGAGAAUAUAACUUUACAAAAUGAAGAUCAAGUUGAAAUUAUACAUCAAAGCCUUAUAGAGAAGCAAGUGCGCCAAGGACACAUUCGCCUGAAGUUAUUCCUGAAAAUGGCUCAGAACAAUUCAAAUUGCCCCUUGUGA